CCCGCCCGCCUUCUUCCUCCCUCCUCCCUCCUGCAGCCCGUCAGGCUUCUCGCGGCGAUGGGAAGCCGGGCCCUGGCCGGGGUGGUCCUUUUCGCCUUGGCCACCACUUUCGUCUCCGCUGAUGAGGACUGCAAAUGGUACAUGGACAAAAAUGGCUCCUUGCAUCAUGGCUUUGACUGCCACUUUCCCUUCUUCUGCUGCGGUGACUGCUAUCAUCGUUUCUGCUGCACCGACCUCAGGAGACUCAUCACUGAGCGGCAGCAGAAGCACUGCAUGGCAUUCAACCCAAGAACAAUUGCCGGUAUUGCUUCUGCUGUGAUCCUCUUUGUGGCCAUUGUUGCCACUAUUGUUUGCUGCUUCCUGUGCUCCUGUUGCUACUUGUACCAGAGACGGCAUCAUAUCCAGACACCUUAUCAAGCCCCAGGUCAGGACAUCCCGUUGUCUGGCUACCCUCCUCAACCUCCAGGACCUUAUCCUAUGGAUCCCAAAGCAGGACCGGCACCAUUUCAACCGGGAUAUGCACCUGUGGCUGGCUAUCCCCCUGCAGUUCCCACAGCACAGUACCCUCUAUACCCACCUGGACCACCAUAUUACAACCCUUCAGCUCCACCGCCCUACCUCCCGCCACAGAUGUCGCAGGCUAGCACCUGAAGAGGACUUUGCAGAGACUAUACAGUGAAAGCAUUUCUCUCUGGGCCUGUCAGAUUCAUCUCUGCAGAAUUUGUAUGGACUUCCUGCUGCACUGGAAUUCCUGCCUGGGCUUAAGUAUUUGCCAGUUUCCUUACUAGCUACUUUUUUGCUGUGCAUGGUAGGAAGCAUUAUGACCUACUUCUUUGCUUCUGCCCUUCCCCACACUUCCUGCCUCCGUCACUGUGGGAAGCUCCUAGUCCUCUUCAUUUCCCAGCUAGGCUCAGGAAAGUAAUGGUGCCAAUGCCAGCAACCAAGGCUGAUACAAAUGGCACCAGUUUUCCCUCACCCCAAGUUCACCUGAGCUUCUUCAGUGGAACGUGGUAAAGCAGCAGCUUCAAGACAAGGAGAAACAUGAUUUCAUCUUUCACCUGGCAAGAAGACAGCUUUUCUCACACUGAGACAUUGGUCCUGCCGAUUCCCUGACAAGCCAUGAAGAUCAGUCAUGUGGCAUGCCCGCUAUUCAAACCCCUGAUGCCUCAGCUGAGGUUUGGUGUCUUCAGAAACACCCGACCCUUUACAAAGGUGAAUAUGAGGGCACCAAAAUGCUUCAAGAAAUCCAGAGAAACUUUGUGUUGUUGCAUAUAAUUGAACGAAAUGGGUGCCAAUAUAGUCAGCACAUGUUGGAUACUACGUGGAAGUCCCAUGCAGCUUACUCUGAGUUACCCAAAAGGAAAACAUUGACAUAAAGUAUAAACUGGAAGGAAUGCAUGGGGCUAGAACACCAGCGGGGAAAUCGAGACUUUCCACAUGUAGUUGGUUGGCAACUCCCAUGAUUUCUAGCCAGAAUAAACAAUGGGGGAGUGUGGAAUUUGCAGUGAAAUGUCUGGAUCUCACAUCCCUUGAUUUCUUACUCAGAGCAAGACCCUUGCAAGAGAUGGGAUGGGAUCCUGGGAGGACCAGGCAUCUUAAGAGCUGCUUAACAAAUAGAGGAAAAGUCAAUAUAAUUUCAGAAUUUUGAGGAUUUUGGGCCAGGUCCUCCUUCUGUCCUUCUUGCACAAGCUUGAAAACACAUUUCUGUAAUUUUGCAAAUUGAGGCCACAUUUCCCAUGGGCACUGCCUAGGAAGAAUAAUGAAAGUAGCUGGGCAUAAGUUAGGUUUUCUGGGAAAACAAAAAUCUUGUUUUCAUUGGGUUGAUGUGAGUUUUCCAGGUAUGGCCAUGUUGUAGAAGCAUUCCCUCCUCUCAUUUCACCCAUAUCUAUUGCAGGCAUCCCCAGAGGUUGUGAGGUGUGGGAAACUAGGCAAGUGGGGUUUAUAUUUCUGUGGAAUGUCCAGGGUGAGAGAAAGAACUCUCGUCUGUUUGAGGCAAGUGUGAGCGUUGCAAUUGAUCAACUUGAUUAGCUUUGUUGUCAUGUUGCAGCUUCAGAUGAAAGAUGAACUGAAACCGCUGCAUCUGUUCUGUAGAAUAACAUGAAGCUUGGAUAUUUGGAAGCAAAAAACAACUGUUGAAGUAUGCAAAAUUAUGAAGUCUUUUAACCACAAUGAGACAUCUGGCGGCCCUAUUUUUUUGCUGAUUUGCACAUGUUAAUUGAGCUUAAGAGUACUGACAUUGCUCAUGCCUUACUAGUGAGACUGAGUGGGAAAAGAAACUGGAGGAGUCUGGAGCCUAAAAGUGUUGUUUGGACUACAGCUCCAGUUAUUCCCAGAAAGCAUGACUACUGGCCAUAGUGGCUGGGGCAUUCUGGGAGCUGCGAUCCCCAAGAUAAACCUUUCCAGAGUUUGACUGGGUGUUGAACAUCACGUUGGAAUGGAGGCUUGAUUGAAACUAGCUCAGCAACAAGUUCUGCACAUACAUGGGGAUACCCUGUGGACAUAGCUGAGAGGAAAUUGGACAUGGGAAGGGGCGCUGAUUAAAAACACAUAAAGACAAAUAACCCCAGUUGUCCUCUUCUCCUGUCAUUUAGUCUUUUCAGACUCCAGGUUCUUUGCCUUCCCACCUGAAUCCUUUCUGAGCACAGUCAGUGACUAGAGUUCUGUUUAAACUUUUUCCUAGCAUAACUAGGGAUUGUACUAGUAGAUUUACUUUGUAUGACAUUGAAAUGUCUUCCUAUGCAAGAGGUGUGCUCAGCAGUUCAGUGGUUGUCAGAUGGCACCUGAGCAUCGCUCUCCCACUGAUGGCCACAGAUGAAAAUGCUCUUCAUUCCUUGGAGAGAACUUCCAAUGGAUGGAGAGAACGAUCAUAAUAUUCUUACCAGGGACAGGGUCAAUUCAAGAUGGCACAUCUCCUGUGUUGCAUUACCAGUUGAACCUUACUAGCAGCAGGAGAUCAAGAUAGGCUGCAUUUGGGGGACACCUGGGAUAAGUUCAGGAGGAGCAGUCAAGGGACUGUCACUGUUACCCACUUGCACCUACCACCUGAGAUAGUUCCUCGCCUCUUUCUCCCUAGAUAGGACUGGUUUUGAUUCUAACAUGGCCAAUUAACCCAACGGCCUUUUUUCCUUCUCAGAAAUAAUAGCACAGUUGCACCUCUUUGCAACAUUGCUUAUUCCAUCUGCCCCCUCCUCGGCUUGUCUGUAGUCAGCGGGAGUGGAAAGGCUUCAUCUAUACUGCCAUAUAAAAUCCAGAUUAUCUGCUUUGAACUGGAUUGUAUUAGUCUACACUGCCAUAUAACCCUGUUCAAAGCAGAUAAUCUGGAUUUUAUAUGGCACUGUACAUGGGGUCUAAGAUCUUGAAAAUAAGGCUUUCCUUCCUUUGUAGCGUAGCCAUAUUUGCUGCAGAGCUUCUCAGUGUUUUUGUGUGUGUUCCUGCGGCCCAACAGCAAAACCAUCUAACACUCAAACACAAUAUUCUCCUUCCUGAGAUGGGGUAAUGUCCUGCUUGUGGAGAUGAGGAUGCAAGGUACUAUUUCACCUGCUGCAGGGCCCAGUUGUAUUGCAAGCUGAGUCUCCAUUGAAAUUUCUUGGAAAAAAAUGGAGAAAGGCAAUCUGGGUGGUUGGAUGUGUGGAACAAAAACACCAUGCACUAGUCCGGGUACAAAGGCAGUCCUUGUGCAAGGUAGGCUGGGAGGAGGGGAAAUGCAUUGGCAUGGCGAUUUCCCAGCGAUGAGGCAAUUCCCUAUGGCUUCAUGGCACUUAGCAACUAGGGAAGUCAAUGGCCCCAUUGUGAAGGAAAGCAAUGCACUGUGCAUGUGAAUUUUUUUAAAUAAAAAAACAACAACAUUGCUUUAGGCUUUAUUUCCCAAAUAAAGUACAAUUUUGUAGACCCAAAGCUAAUGGCCUUGGUGUCCUCUGGGUGCAUCUCUUUGUCGCUAUGCUUUGAUGUCUUUGUAUACUGUAAGAAAAUAUCCAAAUUGAAAACAGGAGGGAUCUAUAGCCUCAAACUGCUGAGCUAAAGCCUUUCCCCCCACUGUGUGGGGAUGACCUGUCUGUGUUUCCGCAGCAGUUACAACUGCUACAUCCUGUUGUAAUCAGAAUUGCAAGAGUUUGCAUCCUAAAAUGUUUGCUAAAAUGUGGAUUAAACAUAUCAUUAUUGAUAAGA